GCCCCUUCUCUGAGCGCCUAGCCCCAGAGUCACCCAACUCCCCCCGGUGCCAGCCCGCUGCUGUGCCGAAGCCUACUUCGGGCAUGCUCCGUGGGAGCCCCGGCAGCUGCCCCGCCCCAGCCUCACCCGGAUACACACGCUCCGCCGCCUUUCACCUCCGCUCGCCGGGGAACGUGGAGCCGGGAGCCAGCUGAGCAGCGAGAGACGCUGCCGGGCUGGGUGCGCCCGCCCCUGGCCAUGGCCCCCAUGGGGAUCCGCCUCUCCCCGCUGGGGGUGGCCGUGUUCUGUCUGCUGGGCCUCGGCGUCCUCUACCACCUCUACUCCGGCCUCCUGGCCGGGCGCCUCGCCGGCCGCCUCGCCCUCUUCGUGCUGGGGGCCGGGGCCGGGCACGACGUUCCCCCGGACACGCUGCCCGAGGGCCCCGUGGACCUGCGGGAGCUGCUGGCCGUGUCCGUGCUGGCCGCCGUCAGGGGGGGCGAGGAGGUGAAGCGCGUCCGGGAAAGCAAUGUGCUCAACGAGAAGGCGAAGGGCAAGACCCGCGAGGGGGCCGAGGAGAAGAUGACCAGCGGGGACGUGCUGUCCAACCGCAAGAUGUUCUACCUGCUCAAGAACAGCUUCCCCAGCGUGCAGAUAAAUACUGAAGAACACGUUGAUGCACCUGAUAAGGAGAGAAUUUUCUGGGAUCGCAGUAUUCCUGAAGACAUAAAGGAAAAAAUACAGUCUAAAGAGGUUCCAGCAGAAAGUGUGACAGUCUGGAUCGAUCCAUUAGACGCCACGCAUGAAUACACAGAGGAUCUUCGACAAUAUGUCACUACUAUGGUGUGUGUGGCUGUGAAUGGUGAACCAGUAAUAGGAGUAAUACACAAGCCCUUCUCAGCAUAUACAGCAUGGGCAAUGGUGGAUGGUGGGUCAAAUGUAAAAGCGCGCUCCUCCUACAGUGAGAGAACUCCAAGAAUUAUUGUGUCCCGCUCUCAUGCAGGAAAAGUAGAGCAGGUAGCACGGCAAACAUUUGGAAAUAAAACUGUGAUCAUCCCAGCAGGUGGAGCAGGCUAUAAAGUUUUAGCUCUCCUUGAUGUGCCUGACAAGAAACAAGAAAAAGCCGAUGUGUACAUUCAUGUGACAUACAUCAAGAAAUGGGAUAUAUGUGCCGGGAAUGCCGUGCUGAAAGCAUUGGGUGGUCACAUGACUACCCUGACUGGCAAAGAAAUCAGUUAUACUGGUUCAGAUGGCAAUGAGGGGGGACUCCUAGCCAGUAUCAAUGUGGAUCAUCAAGCGUUGGUUAACAAACUCCCAGAUCUGGAGAAGGCAUCACAUAAACAAACAUAACUGCUGAGGAGUACACAAAUGUUUCUGCAGCCUCGACAUGUUCCGCCUAAGGAAACAGGCGUGCGAAGAGCCUGCGAGGGGACUAGGCACUGAGAGCCAAGGCCACUCAGUGUUUUUUGGGGGACUACAUAUAGCAUUGGGCUUCUUCAUUGGUGGUGGUUACAAAUUCAGAAUUAGGAAGGCGACUGAACUGUCUCAUGCCAUCUUUUAUGUUUUGAGACUUUUCCGUACAGUUAUACUCAAAGUGCAUAUACAGAAUAUAUUUUGUGAAUAUAGGCAAACUAAAAGAAAAUCCAGAUGGGUACUUAGAUUGUUAUAAGUGGUACUUUUCAUAUGGAUUCUUGGAACACAUCACAUUGUUACAGUAUUGUAGCUGCUCCAACUUGAAUCAGGUAGAAGAAAGGAUUGAUUUAUGUAGUCACUUGAUAACGCUGUAAUCCAUCUAGCUGGAAACCUAUGACCAUGUGUUCCAUAUUCCCUUGGAUAAAAAGCACAAGUUGCAUACACAUUUGUGUCUGCUUUCAACAGUUCCUCUGACAGAACAGUAUUUUUGAAUGAUCAGACAUGUUCUGUACUAGUUUGCUGAUAUAUUUUCUGAAAACUUAAACCAGUUUAAUUCACGUGAGAAAAUCAUGAAUAUUGGUGGUUUAUUAAUUAGUGUAAUUAUUUCUGUAUAUCUUUUUAAAAGAAAAUUGUGAUUCCUUGUAUGGGUUUUUAACAAACUUGUCCUUCUUUUCCGUUUGCAAUGUUAAAGGUGCAUGCUAGAUUUUUCUCUAAUGUGAGAUUAGUUCAAUGUUUGUCCCUGUAGAAGCAGCCUCCUUUCCUUUAAUGUCAUUUUGUUCACUAAAUUACUAGACAAACACAUACAACAUUAUUGUUGGCAACAAUAAGUAGGUGGUUUAGCUUACAAUAUGGAUUUAAACUAGCAGUUUUUUAGAAUUCCAAAAUUAACUUGCUGGUUUCUUAAAGGUUGUCUUGUAUGAAUUCCCUUCAAAAGAUGUACUCUUUCCUUCUUCGCUGUAAGCACUCUAAUUCUGAACAGUCUGUGGCCACAUGUUCACCUUUUAAGAUCACCAUGGAAUUUAGCUCUGCAUUAAAUUACAACAUUUUCCCAUAACCCAAAAUGGGUUUGGGAAAUUUUUGGGGACCUGUGGCAUUGCUGUACCUCAGUUUGAAAUAGGAUACUUUUUAAUUAAUUCCACUUCCGAGUUUUAGCCCAGUUCAUAUGGGGCAAAACACUAGCCCUUUGAGGUCAGAUAACAAAUAGCUGCACCACUAAAAUCUUUGGGCCUUUCUCUUCUGAAAAUGUAGCUGCCUAACUGGGAGUCUUCUUAGAGAGGUGGAAGAAUAAUAUUUAAUAAAGCAAGUUAAAAUGUA